AUGAUCUUAGUUGUAGAGAUUAUUUUUAUGCAUGGAAAUUUCCAAAGCUCUGAGAAAUGUACUAUUGUAUUAAGGAUUGCUCCAUCAUUCAUUAGAUUUGGUUCCUUUGAGAUCUUUAAAACACUAGAUAAGUUUACUGGAAGAGUUGGCCCAAGUGUGGGAAGAACUGAAAUCAUGCAUCAGUUACUUGAUUAUGUUAUUGAAACCUUUUACCCUGAGAUUUAUAAAAGUUCUGGAGAUAAAGUGGAGAAGUAUGCAGCCUUUUUUAAAGAAGUAGUUCUUCGAACUGCUAGAUUAGUAGCUGGAUGGCAGUGUGUUGGAUUUUGCCAUGGAGUUUUGAAUACUGACAACAUGAGCAUUCUUGGUUUGACUCUAGAUUAUGGACCUUUUGGAUUUCUAGUAUCAUUGUAUAAUGUAGACAAGAAGAAACUAGAAGAGAAAUUCUUAUGUCCUAAUUAUCUAGAUUUAAUCCAAGAACUGUUAAGUACCAUGGAGAAGACAGGUGCUGAUUAUACAAAUACUUUCUGUUGUUUUUCACAUAUUGAUAUUACAAAUUCUAUGAAAAUAGAUGAAACUAUAGAUUUAACUAAGGAAAAAAUUCUCAAACAGUGUUAUCCUUUAGAAGUAUUAAAGCACAGCUUUAAAAAUACUACAAAUUCAUUAAAUCUCUCAACUUUAAUGAGAUUGCAAAAUUCUGAUCCACAGAUAAUUGAACAGCUUGGUAUAUCAGGUGUAUCUCUUGAAAGGCUUCUCUCUUUGGCCAACGCAAGCCCAUUUGAGGAAAUGACCCAAGAAAGUAAGAAUGAACGUGAUAGAGAUUUGUGGUCUGCUUGGUUGGAAAAGUAUAAGACAAGACUAAUCAAAGAAGUAGAAGCUUGUGAUACUGAUUUUUCUGUUUUCAAUUAUGAGAGACUAGAUGUUAUGAAAAACAAUAAUCCAAGGUUCAUUCUACGCAACUAUAUUGCUCAAAAUGCUAUUGAAAAAGCAGAGUCUGGUGAUUAUAGUGAAGUUAGGAAACUCUGUGAAAUAUUGAAGAAACCUUAUGAUCAAUCAUAAUUCUGUAUUGAUAAAAUUGUUCAUCAAAAGGUCGU